AUGGAAUCUGUUGAGUAUGACCUCCCAAAGUACAACACAUGUGAACUUCCUGGGAUCGGACAUCUAAAGAUGAUCAUGGAUCCUAUACGGCAGUAUUUCCCAGUGAAAGUGACUAUGAAGUCAAAGAUCGAGGCUUUGGAGGUAAUCAGGCAGAAUCUAGACCCCGAAACGGAAAUGCCAAUUUUCAAGGAGUCUGCCUUCGGACAUUUUAUUUCGAUGUCUGAAAAUAUGAUCUAUUUUGGAGUGUUGACACAGUAUCUGCUUUUGAGGCGGAUAGAAACAAAAAAGAGACAUGAGUUGUCGUUCAUGGUUAAUGGAACCACAACUAAGUUUGGAAUGGGGGAAUUUGCAUUAAUUACUGGAUUGAACUGCGGGGAAAAUACAGAGCCGGACGUGAUCUUGAAAGCUUCGAAGAAUAGAAGAUUAUUGGAGCAUUUUAAGUCCCACGUAGUACUUAUUGCUGAUUUAAAAAAAUUACUCACAAGGAAGAAGAUAAAAGGUAGCGAUAAAGCAAAGAUCGCUAUCAUUUAUUUUUUAGCACAAGUAUUAUUAUCUGGGGACGAGAAGAAUACCGUCCCACUGGAUUGGCUAUCUUACGUUGACGAUUUAGAAUUCUUCAAUAGCUAUCCAUGGGGCAGGGUGUCUUUUCAAUGCACUCUGAGGGCUUUGAAGAAGAACUUGAGAGAGAAAUUUCAGAAAUGGGUUCGGAAAGGACGUAAUAAGAGCAUCAAGAAAACCUACUCAAUAUGCGGGUUUCCUUGGGCCUUCCAGGUUUGGACAUUCGAAACAUUUCCAACCAUCGGCGCCACGUUUGGAAAGAUGGUUAAGGGACGUCUUCCCAGAAUCCUCAAAUAG